GUGCCUUCCUCAUCCCGUACCUCAUCAUGAUGGCCCUGGCCGGCAAGCCCAUGUACUUCUUGGAGCUGGCCAUGGGGCAGUUCGGCGGCGUGGGCCCGCUGGCCAUGUGGAACUGCUGCCCCAUCGCCAAGGGGGUCGGCUGCGCCAUGGUGACGGUGUCCCUGGUGGUGUGCAUCUACUACAACGUCAUCAUGUCGUACACGGUGUACUACAUGGUGGCGUCCUUCGCCGCGGAGGUGCCGUGGGCCAAGUGCGACCCGGCCUGGGCGGACAUGGCCACGUGCUACACGCGGACGUCCGGGGCCGAGAGCGUCAACGGGACCAACACCACCGCCAUGCCGGCGUCCAACACGGGCAAGGAGACGGCCAGCCUGCAGUACUGGGAGCGCCACGUGCUGCACCUGUCGGACGGCAUCGAGCACAUGGGCCCGGUCAAGGGGGACCUGGCGGCCUGCCUGCUCUUCUCGUGGUGCAUCGUGGUGCUGUGCCUCGUCAAGGGCAUCAAGACCUCCGGCAAGGUCGUGUACUUUGCGGCGACGUUCCCCUACGUGAUCCUGUUCACGCUGCUGAUCACGGGGCUGUGCCAGGAGGGCGCCUGGUCCGGCGUGGCCUACUUCCUCUUGCCGGACUGGAAGAAGCUGCUGGACAUCCAGGUGUGGCAGGCGGCGGCCGGGCAGAUGUUCUUCUCGCUGAGCGUGUCCAUGGGCGGCCUCAUCAUGUACUCGAGCUACAACGACUUCCGGAACAACGUGUACCGGGACGCGCUGGUGGUGAGCGUCAUGGACACGCUCACCUCCAUCAUCUCGGGCACCGUCACGUUCAGCAUCCUGGGCGCCAUGGCGCACGACCUCAACGUGCCCAUCCAGGAGGUGGUCAAGGAGGGCCCCGGCCUGGCCUUCGUCGCGUACCCCGAGGCCCUGCUGCGCCUGCCUAUGCCCCAGCUCUGGGCCGUGCUCUUCUUCCUCAUGCUCUUCGUGCUGGGCCUGGACAGCGAGGUUCGUACAACAGAAAACAACAACUGA